AAUUCCACAUCAGACAAAAGCAGAAAAAUGCGAAACCUUGGCGUUUCCCCUCCACGCGCUCUCCGUCUUCCCUUCUCCAGAUUUAUAACAAAUUUAAACUAUUGCUGUCACUUCAAAUCUCUACCUUCUUCUUCUCCGGAUCACGCUCUCCGCUCAGAAACCCUAGGUGAAUUAAUCGAAGUUUAUUUGAAGCAAUAAUGGUGGUUCGACCUAUGCAAAACGGACAAGCAGAGCGGAGAGUGAGUGCAAGGAUUCAGGAGAAACAGAGGGAGGACAAAUUGCGUUUGGUUAAACGGAGAGUGGAGCUUCUUGAUGAUAUAAAAGAGGCAAGUGAUGAUAACAAGAAGCAAAAGAAUAUUUCCAGUAGAAAUAGGAGGAAAGCAAAAGAUUCCCAAAAUGUGGUGGAGGGAGACAAGGUCCCAGUUAAAACAACGAAGUGUGAGAGUGAGUCUGUAAAUGGUAAUGCUGUAAACUCAGCUGAAAAAACUGAUAAGGCUGUAAGCUUAUCUGAAAAAAGUGACCAUGCUAAAGUGAAGGAGACUUUGAGGUUGUUUAACAAACAUUAUCUUCAUUUUGUUCAGCUGGAGGAAGCAAGAUGCAGAGUAGAAGAAGUGGGUAAGAAAGCUUCCAAAAAGUCAAAAUCCAAGAAAGGCAAUGUACCUGAGGAAAAUACUAAAACCAAGGCCAAGCGACCUGAUCUAAAAGCAUUAACCAAGAUGAUGGAGGAAAAUGAGAUACUGUACCCUGAGAAACAAAUUGGCCACAUUCCUGGUAUUAAUGUUGGGCAUCAAUUUUAUUCACGGUCUGAAAUGGUUGCAGUUGGUUUUCACAGCCAUUGGCUGAAUGGAAUUGAUUAUAUGGGCAUGUCCUAUGGACAGGUGUAUGAACAAUAUCAAUUCCCGCUAGCUGUAGCCAUAGUUUUGUCUGGCAUGUAUGAGGAUGACUUGGAUAAUGCAGAGGAUGUUAUAUACACCGGUCAAGGGGGCCAUAAUCUAACUGGCAAUAAACGUCAAAUUCAGGACCAAGUCUUGGAACGUGGUAAUCUGGCACUUAAGAACUGUGUGGAGCAAAAUGUGCCUGUCAGAGUAAUUCGUGGUCUUAAAUCUUCUACUAGUUAUACUGGAAAAGUUUACACAUAUGAUGGUUUGUACAAGGUUGCUCAAUAUUGGGCAGAAAAAGGCAUUUCUGGCUUUACUGUCUUCAAGUAUCGCCUAAGGCGGCUUGAAGGACAGCCUAUACUGAUGACUAACCAGGUUCAUUUUGCCCAUGGACGUGUUCCCCAAUCUUUGUCAGAAAUACGCGGGUUGGUCUGUGAGGACAUUGCAGGUGGCCAGGAAAAUUUUCCCAUUCCAGCAACAAAUUUGGUUGAUGAUCCUCCUGUUGCACCGACAGGUUUUACUUAUCGCAAGACUUUACAAGUUGCAAAAAAUGUAAAACUCCCUGCUAAUGUCACUGGAUGCAACUGCAAAGGAAGUUGUGAGAAUUCCAGGACCUGUUCUUGUGCAAAGCUUAAUGGUUCUGACAUUCCAUAUGUGCACCGUGAUGGUGGCAGAUUGAUUCAAGCAAAGGAUGUUGUGUUUGAAUGUGGUCCAAAUUGUGGGUGUGGACCUGAUUGCAUCAACCGCACAUCUCAGAAGGGGUUGAUGUAUCAGCUUGAGGUUUUUCGUACCCCAAAGAAAGGAUGGGCAGUCAGAUCUUGGGACUUUAUACCUUCUGGAGCCCUUAUUUGUGAAUAUAUUGGAGUACUUAUGAGGACAGAAGAUGUGGAUAAUGACUCUGAGAAUGAUAAUAAUUAUAUUUUUGACAUUGAUUGCUUGCAAACAAUAAGGGGGCUUGGUGGACGGGAGAGGCGAUUAGGAGAUGUAUCCCUACCAACAGUGCAUAAUUUGGAUAGACCUGGUGAUCAGAGAUCUGAAAGUGUUCCGGAGUUCUGCAUUGAUGCAGGUUCCAUGGGAAACGUUGCCAGGUUUAUUAACCACAGUUGUGAACCUAAUCUUUUCGUCCAGUGUGUUUUGAGUGCACAUCAUGACAUUAAACUUGCUCGGAUAGUGCUAUUUGCAGCAGAUAACAUACCUCCUUUGCAGGAGCUUACCUAUGAUUAUGCUUAUACACUGGAUAGUGUGUGUGGUCCUGAUGGGAAGGUGAAAAAGAUGCGAUGCUACUGUGGUGCAGCUGACUGUAGGAGUCGAUUAUUCUAGGUUUACCUUUUUAUCCUGACAGAUUCGUGCCUGCUGCUUCUAGUUGAAAAAGUUCCAAUAUUGUGUAUCAAUGAGGUAAUCGCAGGGGCUUUUGGUGGUGGUUUUUUUAAUUUGUGGGGGCAGGCUAGGGGAGGCUGUAAUUCAACAAUUGUAUUCUUGAAAUUUUUGAAGCUUCCAUUGUAGUGUUGUAGCGUUGUUUUUUUUGUUCUGAUUUGAAUUGUUCACUGAUGUAUGUUAUAGCUGAAGAGAAAUGAGGGAAGAACAAUAUAAGAUUGUGAGCGAUGUUGUUGUGAAAUUAUUGGAGAAAUUGCAACAGAUAAAGUUGGUUUACAAUGUUCAAUUAUAAAAAUUUUAAUGUUAUUUUCUUCAGGGUUCUGGAA